AUGACCAACCCGGAGGCAAGGAAGCAGCAGAAGGGAGACGUGCUCGUGGCGUACUGCACAGACAUCGCGUGGAGCCCCUUCUUUCCUCUGUUGUCCGGAGUGGUCACUGAGCUCGGAGGACUUAUUUCGCAUGGAGCUGUGGUGGCACGCGAGUACGGCAUUCCCUGCAUUGUCGGCGCCGCUGGCGCCACUUCGGCCAUCAGAACAGGAUCGAUGGUUCGGUUGGACGGCUCGAUAGGAACACUCCAAGAAGUCGGCAUUCAUAAUACUCAUGCGGCCAAGGGACCAGGCAUCCUUUGACUUCUCAGGGCAUUAUUAUUCUACGUAGCAGACACGA